UAACACGUGACCGGAACUGUGUCACGUGACAUCGUUUGAUGUCGCACUCCUAAUGUUCUCCCCUGAGCUUGGAUUCACGUAUAUUUGGUGAUUAAUUAAGGGUCAGGGAGAAGGGUCAGUUCUCCUAAGCCACAAACACAGCUUGAGAUGAACGCCUCGACGGAAUUUCCGGCUGAUCAUGAGCCUCUUGUUGAGACGCUCGCAGAACUCAAUCUCCGGUUUGCGAACGCCCUACUUCCGCUGGCUGCCAUACUAGCACUGUUCUGUUUGCUCGGAAUAAUUGGAAAUACUAUCGUUAUCGUCGUAUUUUCUUUCAGCCCUGAAUACAGAGGAACAAAUUUCAAAACAUUUGUGAUCUGCCUCGGCAUCACCGAUUUGCUGUCAUGCGUCACGUUAAUGCCGGCUGAAAUCAUCAAAACGCGCAAUUAUUUUUGGUUCCCGAGCCCAGUCACUUGUAAAGUGAAGUGCUUCUUCAAUGUUUUUGCAAUGACAUCAGCGGCACUCGUGCUGUUAGUUAUAUGCAUCGACCGCUAUAGGAAGGUUUGUCAGCCAUUGAAGAAACAAAUAUGGCCUGGUUUGGCUGUCAAAAUCCUCGUGGCCGUGCUGACGUUUUCGUUUAUGGUUUCGUUACCGGCGCCGGUGAUGUGUGGGAUCCAGCAGUCCAACAAAACUAACAUCUACGGAACUAACACUACGGUGUUCGUCUGCUCCGCAGAGGAGCAGUAUCAGCGGCACACCGGACGCUUCGUCUACAAGUUCGGCAUGUCGGCGCUGCUCGUUAUCGUGUCCAUCGCCUUUAUCGUCAUGUACGUGUUCAUAAUAAAGACCGUGGUAAGGCACUGGGGUCGUGGGCCGGGAGAGAGCGUGCGCUUCGAAGUCCGUGAGACGCGUUCACCGGAAGUGUCAGAGGCAGAGCGAAUUAGCCCCGACAACCAGGAUGACGUGUUCAAAGCAAACCCGGUGGAAUAUCCGGGCAAAGACACAAACAGGGUUUCUAUCAAAAUAACGGACAAACGGGCUGUGUCAAGGAAAGAGAGCGACCUUUCCAACUCCAGCAGCGCAAAUAAGACCAGAGUAGAGGCAAAAUGUAGCAUUGCCUCCAGUAAUUUGUCAUACAAAUACAGGUACAAAGCCUUCCGGAGCUUCAGCAGUUCUUCAAGCGCCAGCCGGCGCCGAUCAUCCUCGGGGAUGUCCGGGAAAGUUCCGUACAAGACGCUGAUCUGGUUCAUCCUGACGCUUAUCUUCCUCGUGACAUUCUGUAUCAACGCAGGCUUGUCGUUUCUUUCCACAAGAGAGCAUCUAUUCGAACCAGUCUCGAUCCUAUGGUUCCAAAUAUUUCUGCGACUGUAUUUCAUAAACAAUAUCAUUAAUCCGGUUAUCUAUGCCGCUCUUGAUAAGCGCUUUAAGUCUUCCUCCAAAUAUUUGUUUCAAAAAAUGAAAAGCAAGAUUUGCAAAUGUUGAUUAAAGCACUCAGAAUGGUUUAUAUACGGCCAGUAAGAUGAAUGAUUGAUAUCAGUAUUUUAUAAAAUAUACUUUCUGUAAUAAUCUUUAAACCAGGUUUCUUUUCCGAAUAUUUAAUUGUGGCACCUCGAUAAAAUGGUUGGCUUCCAACAGAUGGUUGCCGUCCAAUGACAUUAUUAAUGUAUGGUGAUGAAACUUGAUGUGUAGGUUCCUUAUGUGACUGAGCUUGAGAAGGCUUUUUAAAUUGCUUUUAAGUUUGGCAGGGUCAAUAUUAAUGUCAUUGUCGCUGUUACUGAAAUAAUUAAACGUUCACUAACUUCAGUUGAAAUUACGUUAUAUGGGUAUAAAGCAAGCUCACGAGACGACGAACAUUUGGUUUACAUAUUCGGUCAGUAGGGUCAAGGUCACAGUCACUGUUACUAAAAAUAUAACACAUAGUUUCUGAUGAGGAAGUUUAGUACGACCUCAUUCAUAGUAUAGAAAAUUUAUGUGAACAUGUGUCUUGGAAUUGCUUUUGGGGUGGGUAGGGUCAUGGUCAAGGUCGCUGUUUAUUAAGGAUAAAAAAGUUUAUGCUCAAUAAUUGAGUUAGUUAUAACAUAUAGUGACAAAAAUAUUGUAAGCAAACUCACGUGAAGACGUUACCUUGGAAUUGUGUUUUUGUCAUUUAGGUCAAGGUCAAUGUUUUCUUAAAACCAAAAUAGUAGAAAAAAGUAUUACCUCAAUAUCUAAAGUUAAGAAGAACAGGUAGUAUGGAAACUUUGUAUAUAGGGGGCGCAUGUUUAGACGUACUCUGGGUUUGUAUUUUGGGUCCGUGGGGUCAAGGUCGACGAUGAUGUUAAUAAUUAAAGAAGAAAAACAGUUUCUGCUCAAUUAAUUGAGUUUGAAAUGGCAUACAGUUACUAAACUUGAAAUACAGAAGGUCUGGUCCACUAAAAAGAAACCUUGAUACUACUCGGUAACUUGAGUAAGGGAAGACGUAUUAAUGAAAGUUGGUUCUGGGCAAGCUUCAAGAGCAAUAAAGAUUUAAAAGAUAACAACGAUGGCGAUAAUUAAGAACGUUGUUAAUUUAACGAAGUUCUAUAAAAUCGGCCCAUUUUUGAGAUAAAAACGUUCAAUUCGGCCAGCUGUUAUUUUUUUUUAAAUUGAACUGUGUUAAGUGCACACAUAAUACGUACAUGUUUCUCGUCCACUAUUUGCGUCUUUAUGGUUUUUGGGGAGUGGAAUACGUUUAUUAUACGGUGCCAACUAAUCCAUAUAAACAGCCGCCUCAGUGUCUUUGAUGAUUUUUGCUUUGGACACUCUGAAUAUCCAAAUGUUAAAUAAAGUUCCCUAUACGCGCAUUAUUGUGGCUAGGUGUCAACAUACUAAGGUGGGCGUCCUUCCUAGUGACAGUCACGGUCUUAUUAGGUUUGGCGGCAUAGUGCACAGACAGGAUGUAACCUGUGUUAGAGCUUCCCCUGGUUCUUAGUUUAAACAUAUUUAUUGAGGAAAAUAACACAAGACAACAUAUAUACAUCAAUGAAAAACAAAGAAUUUGAUCGAAAGCAUAGCUUAUAUAGAUCAUUUUCCCUGGUUCUUAAACGUACGCCAGUGAUUUAUAUAAAACUUAUACUACAUACACUUGGUUGACAGUGAAGUGUUUUAUCAAUAUACUACUAUACUGUCAAACAGGACAUUUGUAUAGACGUUAACACUGUGUAAACGGGUUGUUUCAUCUGGAUUCCGAGUUGCACCGAAAGGAUACCGAGUUGCACCGAAUGGAUAACGGGUUGCUCCGAAUAGAUUACGGGUUCCUCUGAAUGGAUUACGGGUUCCUCCGAAUGGAUUACGGGUUACUCCGAAUGGAUUCCGAUUAGCGAAAGACAUAUAUCUCGCUUAAGCAAGUAACAUCAUGUAUAUACCAAUGCCUAAAAGAAAGAGUGUUUUAUUACUAUGAAUUCAAUAUUCAAUUAAACUAAUAUGUAAAAUCUUCUGUAUACAUGAAUAAUAAUAAAUAUUGUUUUUAUCAUACUAUAUUAAUGUGAAAUAACUUUUGUAGACCCUGUGAAAAUGUAUACAUGUAAUACGCAAAAAAGGCAUUAAAAAUAUUAUGUCUUCUUAUAUGCUUUUCGCUGAACUACGCCGGGAGUUUUAUCAGUGAAAUAACAACAGUGCUAAUAUUUUCACUGCAAACUUAAGGAGUUAAAAUAUCAACAUUCAAAACCAAAUCGUAGUUAUUUCCUUUUGAACA